AUGACUUUAAUAACUCUACCUCAAAAUGCAAAAGUGGCAGUUUUAGGAGCAGGAAUUCUGGGAUUGACAUUCACGUAUUUCCUUUCCAAGCUACGUCCAGAUUUACAAUUCACUGUAUUUGAAAAACUGACAAGACCUGGUGGCUGGAUGUCAUCUCCUAAAUUACAUGUCAACAAUACCAAUGAAUCAAUUCUUUUUGAAAAGGGACCAAGAACUUUACGUGGAGUUAAAGAUGGGACUUUAUUAAUGCUUGAUAUUUUGAGGAAAUUAGAUUUGGAUUCUCAAAUAGAAGUAAUUAAUGAAAAAUGUGAGGCCAAUAAGAAAUACGUUCUUGAUUCUUCUGGAGAAAUCAUUCAAGUUCCUAAUUCAAUUGGUACAACAAUUGAAUUUCUUAAAAAUGUGAAAUGUGUGGAUAGGAAACUAAUAACUGGAAUAUUAAAAGAACCAUUUGUUAAACCAAUAAAAGAAGAUGAAACAAUUGAACAAUUUUUCAAAAGAAGAUUAGGCAGUACUGUACUUACAGACAAUGUUGCCAGUUCUAUUAUUCAUGGGAUAUAUGCUGGUGAUGUUGGGAAAUUAAGUAUUAAAAGUAUUAUGUCAUUUAUGAAAGAUAUUGAAAAUCAAUCGGGAUCAAUAGUCAAACAUAUUUUCAAAUCCCUUUAUUCAACACAAAAUAAGAAACAGGAGCAGUUGUCUCAAGAAUUACAAACAUAUCAGCAGUUAAUAUCUCCAAAUUCAGAAUUAUUGACUCUACAAAAAACAUUGAAACGAUACCCCAUGAUCAAAUUACAUGAUGGAAUGGAAACAUUACCUAAAUAUUUAGCACAAUAUUUAAUCAACAACACUAACACCCAGAUUAAAUACAAUACUUCUAUACAAGAUAUAGAUGCCGUGACAGGGAAAGUCAAUGGUGAAUCAUAUGAUCAUAUCCGAUCCACUAUCAAUACCCAUGAUUUAGCGAAAACAUUACCAACAACUGAUCCAUUAGUACCAGAAUUGAAAUCCAUUGAAUAUGUGAGUAUUUUUUUAACCAAUGUUUAUUCAAGAUCUUCAAAUUUGAUUCCUAAAGGUAAAUCUGGGUUUGGAUUUUUAUCGCCACGAUACAGAAAUGUUUGGAAGAAUCCUGAUGCAUUAUUAGGAACAAUUUAUGAUUCUGAUAUCGAAAAUAAUGUUGAAGGACUCUUUGUUGAUACUAAACCAGUUCAUAAUCCCAAUAAUAAAAUAACUAUUAUGAUGGGUGGUCAUUAUUAUACAAAUUGGUCAAUUCCUUCAAAUUCAGUAAAUUUGAAAAUUGUUAAAGAUAUAUUGACAUCAAAAUUAAAAGUUGAUUUAUCAAAAUUCAAUAUAAAAGUGAUUAAAGAUGGUGAACCUUUACAAAUAGAUGAAAUUAAUGAUAAUGAUCUUGUAAUUUCAUAUAAUUUCCAUUCAGAUUGUAUUCCUCAAUAUAAUUUAGGUUAUCAAGAAACAAAAGAUAAAGUGAAUCAAAUUCUUGAUCAAGGUUAUAAGCUCUCAUUUGGAGGAACGGUGUUUGCUGAUGGUGUUGGUGUUCCCGAUUGUGUGUUAAACGGGUUUAAAGAUGCCUUGAAAUUGAAAUAG